UUGUACCUCUUAUGUCGAGAGGAGGACGACGACAGUAACACGCUAGGAAUUGAGUUUUAUCGCUACUUCUUUUGUAGCCGGAACUAUUGUAACAAUGCACUGUUCCUGACCGGAGCGGAACACGUGUUGUACAGCAUCAAAUAAAACGCUUUCCUAACGUAAACACGUAGCGACUAAAAGAAUCGUGGUGCGUUACGAUUAAAUCACCGAACGGCUUGUCAGUUUUAUUUACGGUGUAUUUUUCCUCUUUCAAUUAUUAAACCGCAGUAAAGAGCCGUUUUCAGUCAACUAAAUAUUCGGAAGAUGAAAAACUAUCUAACAUCAGUUUAACUCGGAGUUUAGUCCAUGUGUUUCUUGGCUUGCUCGGGUAAUAGGUUUCAGCCAAAGCAGAAGAGCAGGCAUGUCCAGCAGCAGCAGCACCGUAGACAUGGACCCAGAUGUGGCUCUGCGGCUCUUUGAGGAGGGCGCCACCCUGGUCCUGCUCGGCGUUCCUCGGGGCACUGAGCUCGGCAUCGACUGCAAGAGCUGGCAGGUGGGUCCUCGCUUCCGCGGUGUGAAGAUGAUCCCCCCGGGUCUGCAUUUCCUCCACUACUGCUCCGUUAACUCCCCCAGCUGUGGAGGGGAAAUCGGCCCAAAGACAGGGCUCUUCCUCACUCUGAAACCCAGAGAGAUCCUUCUGGCCAACUGGGAUCCCAAAGAAGAAGACCUCGACUUCUCUGCCUCCAAGAAUGAAGAGGAGGUGAGCCGCGUCAGGGCCACGUUGCGAGAGCUGGAUCCAUACCUGGGUCCCUAUCCAUACGAGGUGAUGAGGAAGUGGGUGUCCCUCACUGACCGCCUGAGCGAAGAGCUGGCCAACGACUUGCAGCCUCUGUCUGGUCGAGUGUGCGCCUUCAGCGACGUAAUCCCAGAGACUCCGUUCACACACACCAAAGACAGGGCCGAGCAGCCGAGGAACGACACAGAAUGUCAGAGCAUGCGGGAAGGACUCGACCGGCUCCCUCGCAUGAAACAGAGAGAGGGGACAGAGUUGCGCUUCUCCGUCAUUCCCGAGAAGACCUACCCCCCGGGGGCAACGCCAGCUGAGAUCACUCAGUGGAGUCUGGAUCUGAGCUAUGCUCUGGAGACGGUGCUGGAGACCAACCACAGGCUGCAGCCACUCAACCUGCUGGGUGAGCUACAGUUUGCCUUCGUGUGUUUUCUGUUUGGGAAUGUGUAUGAAGGCUUCGAGCACUGGAAGCGUGUCCUGACUCUGUUGUGUCGCUCGGAGGAGGCCAUGAGGAAGCGCAAGGAUCUCUAUCUAGGGCUCAUCGCUGUGCUGUACCACCAGCUUGGGGAAAUCCCGCCCGACUUUUUUGUCGACAUUGUGUCACAGAACAACUUCCUCACCUCCACACUACAGGACUUCUUCCAGUUUGCCAGUGGCGCUGGAGUCGACAGCACACUUCGCAAGAGAGCAGAGAAGUUCAAAGCCCACCUGACCAAGAAGUUCCGCUGGGACUUUGAUGCAGACCUGGAUGACUGUGACCCUGUGGUGGUGGAGCUGCCUGAAGGCGUCACAGUGGACUGAUACUGAUAGGAAUAAACCCCAGGUCCAAAGGUUCUCAACUUUAACAUUUUGGCCGACUGAUGUCACACUAGUUUCAGUAACUGUGGUUCUCUGAACUGUGCGUGUUGAGGGUGUCCCAUCUGAACGUACCAGAGAUGAGGUGCUACAGUUCACACAGUGUUUACUCGGUGGGACAGUAGAGCCCUCUGCUGGUUGCUGUCUGUGGUUUUCUCUUGUUUAGAAGCGUCAGAGCCUCAGCAUCACAUGUAUUGUCAAACAACAUCUAAAAACUAAUUUCUAAAUCUAAUAAAAUAUGUUAUAGAAUAAUUGCAGAAAAUUAUAGACACUGUUCUGUUCAUUUCAGGGUUUUGACUGAACUGAGCUUUUAAAUUAGUAAAUAAAUAUACAAAAAAAGUA